AUGAAGCGGGACAAGGCAGAUGUUGACAAAAUUGUGGAAACAACAAACAGUAUGAUCAAUCCCUUCGAAUAUGAGGAAGAAGAAUUGCUGCACAUCACAUCUGGUACAGUAGCUACUGAAGAAGUUGAAAAAGAUUUACAGUCUGCCUAUGAUAGAGGAGAAGCUGCAUUCAUUGCUAUUUGUAAAGAACGUCUUCAAACACGGGAAGUGGACUCGCUCACAAGCAUGAAGAAACUGAAGCUGAAGACGUUUACCAGUAUGUCCAAAACUACAAAGAGUAAAGUCCAUGGAAAGGAGGUCUCGCUAAAGGCAGACAGAAAUCUUCUAGCAAGACUAGUCGUUAUUGGACGCAUCCGCAAGGUGGACCUGCAAGAACUGUUAUCAUCUCCUUGGGACCAGUAUCUUUAG